UUUUUCGAGCAUGUUGCCACAACAGGCGAGUUUUCGGACUCUACCGCUGAGCAGCCAACCGCUGAGCAUUGGCUGGUGAUACGAUGUUUGAUUGUUUUGCUUCAGCCGUUUGCAGACGCCACCGAUGGGCUAGGCGGCCAAAAGAAGCUCAAGAAUACCGAAAUGUUCGAUGCGACCAUUCGCUCUGUUGGCAAAGAAGACUUCGCGGGCCGAGUCAAGUUGCUUAUGGACUCCGUGAGGAAAACGUUCAUUCAACUCUUCACGGAUAGAUUCACAAGUAAGCUUCCUGAAGAGUUACUAUGGAUCUCGGUUCUAGACCCCAGAUGUGCUGAGCUCAUGCACCAAUCGCAGCAGGAAGCGGCCAUCGCCAAAACGCGUCUGAAGUCGGCGGCAAUAGUGAUGGCCAAAGAGAUCAGU